ACGCCCACGCGCAAUACAUUUCCCAACACGCAGCGCCGUACGCACGGCGCGGCACGGGCACGGUCCUCCACCACCGCUAAACCCUUCCGAAAGAAUCCCCAAAUCUCGCACACCCUCGAAGCCUUCGAGGCCCGAAACCCUAGCACCUCGGCCUCCCCGCCGCCGCGCCCCCAUGGCUCCAGGACUCCAGCGCUUCGCCGACAUUGCCGGCGACGGAGCGCCCCGCCUCGACGCCGCCUCCGGUGAAGAGCUGGUCCGGGUGCACCGCGCCGCCUCCGUCGCCCUCGGCCGCCGCUCGCCGGAGCCGCCGGGGACCCUGUUCGUCACCACCAGGAGGGUGAUUUGGCUCAGCGAGGCGGAGAAGGGCAAGGGCUACGCCGUGGACUUCCUCGCCAUCUCGCUCCACGCUGUGUCGCGCGACCUGGAGGCGUAUCCCUCGCCCUGCCUCUACACGCAGAUUGAGGCAGAAGUUGCCACAGAUGAGGCUGCUGAAUCAAAUGAUGAAUUAGAGCUAUCAAGAGUCUCUGAAAUGCGCAUUAUACUGGGGGACCCUGGUCAAUUGGAUGCACUUUUUGAUGUCUUCUGUCAUUGCGCUGAACUGAAUCCUGAUCCUAAUGCUGAGCGCAAUGGGGAUAAUGGUUGGUUCCAUGGUGAAGAUAUGGUUGAUGUUGGCUGGGUUCAUGGUGAUGAAGACAUGGUUGAUGAAAAUGGUACCCAGUUUUUCAAUGCCAAUCCAAUAGGUCAAAAUGGUGGAUAUGACCUCAGUCAAUCAGUAUUUGAGCUUCAAAUCAACGACCAGCGUUUUGAGGAUGCAGAUGAGGAACAGGAGAUCCAUGAAAAUGGACAUUAGAAACAGGAAUAUGUUGCUCAGAGGCACCAUGUGAUUUAUUUUGUUUAGAUCACUACCGAUGCAGCUUGGUUGCCUACUGUUUCGUCUACACUUUCUCUUCCUUUUUCCUUCCUCGAUGUUAUAGGAUUAACAUCUCUGGGCGACUUUCUGGAGUUGCAUCGAUGGUUACUUUUGGUGAGAAAAGGUCUUGCUGCUGGUCAAGAAUGUAACUUGUAGAGCAUGAUUGGGAAUCGUGUGGAUUAGUUUGGUACUUUUGAUCUAACAAAUAGAAGGUGAAAUUGGGAAAAGAAAUAUAUUAUCUUUUCCCUUGUAUAUCAUGGCAUAACUAUAUUACGUCUAUUUAGAUUCGCUGGUCUCAGAGUCAA